AUGCAUCAAGACCUGAAGGCAAGUCCCUCUGGGAAGGAGGUCCUUAUAGAUUAUUACAUGAUCCUCAAUACCCUUGGUAUAGGCAGCUUUGCUGAAGUGAAACUGGCAUGCCACCUCCAUACAGAGGUGCAGGUUGCUCUGAAGAUUAUGAAAAAGGACAAAAAGAAAGCUGCCUUGAUCACAAAUGAGGAAGAGGAGGCCCAACACAUCUUCUCACAGAUGGUAUGUGCAGUUAAGUACUGCCAUGAGAAUAGCAUUGCACAUAGGGACAUCAAACCAGAUAACGUACUGUUAGAUGGCAAAGGAAGCAUCAAGCUAUGUGAUUUUGGUCUAGCUACCAAAGUAACUGCUGGGCAGAAGUUGAAGAUAUUCUGUGGUACCCUUCCAUACUGUGCUCCAGAGCUUUUCAAUGGCCAAGAAUAUGACCCUAAGAUGCCUGAUAUCUGGAGUAUGGGAGUGGUACUAUAUAUCAUGGUGACAGGGUACCUCCCAUUCAAAGCAACAACAUAUAAAGAUAUGAACGUGGAGAUGCAAGAUCCACAUUACUACAUUCCAUCAAAGCUUCCAGAACACAUUGUUAACCUCAUUGUGAAGUUGUUCACUAUUGACUCUGAGCAGAGGCCCAAGAUACAUGACAUUAUGAAACAUCUGUGGCUCAAGGACAGUAAAGAACUUCUAAAACUAUCAUCAUCCCUGGAGAUGCUCCCUAUCAAACCAAACCUCGAUAUUGUGACAGCCAUGUGGGUCAUGGGCUACAGUCCAAAGGACAUUAGAGACUCUUUACUUGAACAAAAAUUGAUAACAUCAUGCACAGGGAGUGAGCCUGCUCUUCCCACCUACACCUUUCUGGCAAAACACCCGUUUCAUGAUGAUGUAAAGAUUGCAAUGAAGAAGGGGAGCAGAAGGCUCAGCAUGCCUGACAUCUUUUGGUGUCAACAGGAUGGGAACCUCUUUCCUAAAGUUGCACCUAAAUGUGGUCCUGUAGCUGCUCAUCUCAUGAGAAGCAGUUUUCAGGAGAGAUGCAUGACUUCCAAGGCUAUAGCCUUUGGCAACACAUCCUCAGAAAAUAAUCUUUCUAGAAAUCAGAUUGCCCAGAUGGCACCACAGAGUGAAACCAACCUGAAGGAUAGCUUGUCUCCCCAGAACAUAUCAUCUGUAAUGAACUCCAGGGAAGUACCUCAAGGUGUUACCAUCAUAGGCACUCGUCACAAGAAAAGGAGCUCUUUCCUCUGUGAAACCUCUGAGCCAAGCUCCACUAGUAUCCAGUCCCAGAGUGUGAUCACAGCUUCUUCCCACAACAUAAGGCAGUGCUGGAAGAGGGUGAAAAGGAGAUGGCAGUGCACAAGUGGCAGGGACAAAGGAAGGAAGAGAUCAUUUAAAGGUUGUAGAACUACCCAGAGACAAUCACAGGAACGGAGGAAGCUUCUGUCUGUUGUGCAAAGCCCCCUAGGUGAUCUGUAUGAUCCUUCCCACUUUCGGCAACUACUAUGUCCAGAUCCCUUCUGUGAUGUGUGUAAUGGAGCAACUGCUAAGAUCAGUCGCCUGCUUUCUCAGGCCACCCUCGAAGAUGGUGCUGCCUCUGUGUCCAGUAUGGAUUCCACUGCAGUUUCUGUGACUGAGACAUCACUGACUCUGUCCCUUUCCCUCCCAGAAAAUUCUCUAGGACAUCCAAUUUCAGACCCUCCAUAUGAGCCUUCUCUACAUUCUUCCUCCAUUAUUUCACCUCACCAGAGUGCCCACUUAGAAGACACACUUUUUGCCUCACCACUGGGUGACUCUAUACUAUCAGAAUCUAUUCCUCCUGUGAAUGCUAAAUUCUCUCUGGACCAUGAUUCUCUCCAUCCAUUUGCCACUUUCCCUCUUCCACAACAACAUGCCACUCAGGAAACAGAAUUGCAUCCUCAACCAACAACCAUUCUGUCUCUGGUGGGCAGCCCUAGGGAGCUGUUCACUAUCCCAACAAACAAAGGUAUUUGCAGUUCAAGGCAUGCAAUGUCGGAAUUUACUCAGCAGCAGACUGAUACUAGCAACUCUUUCCAAUUGGAGCCAGCACAUUUGGUUAACCAAGAGCUUCUUGACCUCCAUUCUUCUGAAUCCUACUUAUGGGGAAACAUCACAACCUGCCUUACAUUACCUGGAAACCUUCCCCUUUCCAGUCCUGAUGCCAUGGUACUACUUGAGAGACAAAAUGGAAAGAUGGCUGAUUCAUUUAAAACUUUGGGGAAGACCCCAGAUUCUGAUCAGCAGAACUUGGCAGUUUCCCAUCCUUUGGGGAGCUGCAAAGGUAAACUAGAGAGACUUCACAUGUACCAGCAGUCCCCCCAUCUCAGGACUUCUGAAGACCAGUUAGAGCCUCAACACAUCCAAUUCUUCUGGAGCCUCCCUUCUCCACACAGCAAGUCCAUGAACUCUAUUGCUACUGUGUGGGCUGACCAUUCCCUGACCUCUGGAUGCUUUAACAGAUUUAUAGAUUCCCCAGUGUUUACCAACCACACACCUUUGUCCUUGCCUGAGAGUCGACCACAGAACUCGCCCCAAACUCUGUCCUCAUCUCAUUCUCAGCCUGUCCCUCCAGCCAAGCCCCAGGCCCAGCUUCAACACUCAGUUCCUGUGCUGUCACCUUCUCAUCUUUCCCAGCUUAGAAUCUGUGGGGUAUAUUUUCACAGACCCCAGGAAAAGGUACAACCUCUCGAGCCAUCUGCAAUUCACUGCCUGGAAUACAACAUCUUGAAAAAGGAACAGGAGAGAGUGUGGGGUUUACCCACUGUAGUAAAAAAAUCCCAGGAAGAAUUUUGUCCCCCACCUCCCAAGCCCUCAUUGGUCAAGCAGUCUUCCAAGAUCCAUGUUCCCAGGUCCAUCUCUCUUGGAAAUUUCCUCCUCACCAGUGAGCUCCGGAAGAAACUUGAGCACCACCUUCGAAAGAGGCUCAUACUACAACGUUGGGGCCUGCCCAAGAGGGUCCAUAAGUCUCUGUCAUGGAUGAGUCCUCGGGCAGAACUUCCAGAGUCAUCCUCAUCUACGAGCAACUAUGGGCUUUCGUGGAUCUCUUUCUUUAAGCAACAGGACAGCAAAAACCUACACAACAUUGUAUUGAAUGAAUCUGGAAGCUUCCCAGCAAGACAAUCAGGGGAGAAACUGUUAAAGACAAGGAGAAAUAGCCUAGAGACUGUUCAAAAACACCAGCUGUGGAGUAAUACCAAGGGUGCUCUAGCUAAUGGCCUGCAAUCUGACUGUGAAACGAACCUACAGUGCCACCCAGGCAGUCUGUCAGGCAAACCUUCAGGGACCUCAGAGGUUAGCCAGUGUCAGGAAAAACUUGAAACUGCCCUGCAAAAGCACUUGAUCAGGCAUCUCAAUGAAACCAAUGAGGAUCAUAUAUCUGGCACUGUGUCCAGAUCGGGACAUUGUCCUCUCCCUUUUACCUUAUGUAUAGAUAAAGAAGAACAUGAGGCUCAGAGACAGUUACCCUCUGAUAACAAGGAUGGACAUGUCAAAAGCACAUAUACAAUGACAAAGUCUGUUCUGCAUCAGGUAUCCAUUGGCUUAGACAACAUCAGACUGAAAGAGUCAGAGGGCAAUAGACAUAGCUCAGAUGUGCCCAGAAUAUCCACUGAGGCUGGCCUUGUGCCAUUGGGUAAGCAAUUGGAUUCCAGCAAAACAGUCCAGGGGCCUCAAGGAACAAAGAUGAAUGACAAAAACACAUUUGUAUCCAACAAGGUCAGUAACAUAGUCAAGAGAGGGCAGCUCAGUGGUCUUCAACCACAACCUACCAAGAUCUUGAACACCAGCCAGUGGAAGAGUGCCCAAGGGGCAGAUGGGAAUACAACAAAAGCACAAAGUACUCUGGUAGCUGGAAGGGCUCAGAAGGAAAUACCAGGUUUCCAGGAAAGUCAGACAUCUGACUGCAAUAGUCAAGUAUCUAGGGAGGAAAAAUUUAAAGCGGAAAGCAGACUGCCCAUCCAAGCUUUAGGGCCCCCAAAUGACAUGCCCCCUGCCUCAGAUAAAUUCACUUACAAACCUUUACUCAUGCAUGACCAAAGCCCUUCCAGUGGACCCAUGAAUGCUUCUCAGGUACAGUGGGUUCACUUGUCUACAACAGGGCUUAGUGUGGAACAGCAACAGGAGCCCUGGAUGCAUUCAUAUGUCUUAGACAAGUGCCAGAACAAGGACUUCCCUCCAUCUGCCAAGAAUGCAUACCCUCUGGCCUGCAAAACAGAAGAAUUUGGUGCAGGUGAUACUUCCAUUGACCAAAAGAAAUGA